CGUGUAUUCCUUAUCGUUUUAUUCCUGUUACUUGUUAUCAUUCGUUGUUAUUGAACUUAGUGUUUUGUGUGGUACAAGUCGUUUCGUAGUAAUAACGUACGUGUGCGUACGUACUUUAUGUUUGAAAAUCCCUUAGAAUGGGAAACAAGAAAGGACGAAAACCUAGUGCAUCAGUGAGGUUGAAGCGGAAACGUAUAAGCAAACAUGCUCUGGAAUGUCGUUACACCAAAGCCGCUGCACAGCCACCUGAUCCACAUGACCAAAUUGACAGUGAAGUGUGUCAUUCUGUUCAAGAAACCACAAAUCAACCUGAACCAUCUUCUGCUCAUGGAGAUAAUUUGAGUGAAGACACUGAAGGCAAUGAUUUUAUUAUAACACCUGAAAAUAUACCUACUGGCCCUGAACAUGGCCACGAAACAAAAUAUGGCAGGAGGAUUGUCAAUGUGGCCCAGUUCUUUGACAAGUUACAAGAAAUAUCUGCACAUGGCCCUCUCAAUUGCGGAUUACAAUCAGUUCAGAUCAUAUCAGAAACACGAACUGGUCUUAUCUCACUUUACACAUUAGAGUGCAAAAUGUGCAAUAUGAGGUUUCAUAUUCACAAUGACAAUGCUGCUGAUACAUUGGACUUGAACAUUAGCGCAGUGGCAGGCACAGUAGCAAUUGGGUGUGGCUACACUCAACUCACUGAUUUAACAGCUGCUAUUGGCAUACCUCCAAUGUCAAAAAAUAUAUUUUCUGCCAGAAUGGCGGUUGUACACAAAAAGUGGGAAGAAGAAUUGUAUAAAUCAAUGACCCAGGCUGCUGAAGAAGAACGCGAAUUAGCUAUAAAAGAGGGAAGAGUCAAUUCUGAAGGCAUUGCUAUCAUAGAUGUGAUAGCUGAUGGAUGUUAUUCCAAAAGGUCCUAUAGAAAGAAUUAUUCUGCUUUAUCAGGUGCAGCUGCUAUUAUUGGCAAAAGGACUAAUAAAAUAUUGUAUGUAGCAAUAAAAAACAAGUAUUGCUCAAUUUGCUCUGUAGCACAGAGUAGAAACAUAGAUGCAAAGGAACACAAUUGUUUCAAGAAUUACUCAGGGCCCUCUACUGGAAUGGAGUCAGAGAUUUUAGUAGAAGGUUUCAAAAGGAGCAUUGAUAUGCAUAACCUCAUAUAUGGAAGGUUGAUAUCGGAUGGGGAUGCUAAUACUUAUGCAAAAAUAUUGCAGACAAGACCAUACAAGAACCACACAGUGGAAAAAAUUGAAUGCCGGAAUCAUUUACUGCGCAAUAUGUGUAAUAAACUUGCUGCUCUGCAAACGGACACAAAGUAUCUCCUGAAAUUCAGGAGAUAUGUGAUCAAAGACAGAAUUAAGUCAAUCAGAAGAGUCAUCGUCAAAGCUAUAAAAGAACAUAAAGGUACAAAUAAUGUUGAUCGUCUUUAUCGAGACAUUGUUACAGCACCCGAUCAUGCUUUUGGCAUUCAUACAAAAUGCAAACCAUACUUCUGCAGCCAAAAUAAUGAAGAUCAAAAAAUAGACCAGGACUUUUUCAGCAAUAGUAUUUGGCAGCAGAUAAAAUCAAUUAUCAGCCAAUUUGCUGUCCAUACGAGGAGUUUAAUUUUUGAUGUUGACAGCAACGCUGUUGAGAGAUACCACAGCAUUGUGGCAAAAUUAGUAGGAGGAAAGCGGAUUAAUUUUACACAAAGAUACCAAUAUCAAAUGAGAUGCAAUGUAGCAGCGUUAACGUUUAAUACGCAAAAACCUUUAUCCGUGCUGCACAAAGCAAUUAGGAUUGUUCAUUUUUUUUCAAAUGUUCUAUUUCGAAAACCAUUUCGAGAUAUAAGGUUUUUAAACAGUUUCCGACAUUUGCUGCGAUAUAAUAAUUGAGGAUUGAAGAUAUUUCAACAAAUAUCCUUAUGACCUUAGUUUGACCUUCUCCUGGGCUGAAUGUAAAGUCAUUGCAUAAUAAAAGUUAUCGAACCAUAGUAAAUAAAUCCGUCACUCACGUAUUGUCAAAGUUAUCAUUGUCAUCGAUUGUCAUAACAAUAUUUUUCAGUUAAACCGCUGCGCUUGUUUGUUACAAUUUGAUUUAUAAUUAAUACCUAAACAGUAGAUUUCAUUGCUUAAUAUAUAUCAAAAACCUUGUUCCUAUGUGUGGGAAUGAUUCACAAAAAUAAUAGUUCGAAUCCACGAAGACCUACGACGUGAAAGAUGGUGCCGUGAAUUAAACUUGGAAUACCUACCUACUUCACGUGUUACACACAGUAUUGCUGUGAGAAUCACGUCGAUGUAAGUAUAAAAUUAAUUUUAAUUUACUACAAUUAAGUAUUUAAAAGCUCACUUUAUUGGUAGGGUCGUGGUAUCUAUUUAUUUUCUGUGGUAAUGUAGCCAGAGUAUCUAAAGGCAAACCGUUAAACAGAGAUGGUGCCUACUAGAAAGAAGGAAUAUACAAGAAUACAUAGCCAUACUCAAAAUUCAGCCUGAAACUGCUUUAAAAAGAUAUAAUUUCUAAUUUCCAGGUACAUGUUGCAGUUCAAGCUGCUGAUAUCAUAGUGGACAAGACUUAAUAAAGAGUUGUGAAUAAUAAAACAUGUUUUUGUUUACCUACUUUUUUAUUAAUUUGGGAAAUAUGUUAUACAUAUAUGUUUCCAAAAAAAAUACAUAGUAACUUUACAUUAUGUAUGUUUAUCAUGUUCUGCACGAGCAUCUGACAAUGAUGGCUUCUUGUUGACCAUCCAGAAGAGAAGUGUAUGGUUUGUUAUUUACUCUGUUCCCAGGCAUUAUUUACGGUCGUAAAGUAUUACGACGAUUAAUAAUUAAUAUGACGUUCGUUUCAAUACAAAAUGCUCAACUUUGUUCUGGGCCCAAGUGCAGUUACAUAUCUCACAGCUGUAUCUAAAUAGGAAUCACGAUGACCUGAAAUAAUAGGAUAUAAUUAGCAAAAUUGGCAUGUUCCUAAUAUAGUAGUAUAAGUAUGUAGUACAAUA